UGUUAUGUGCAAAGUUGCAAAAUUAAGCUUUAUUUUAUCAAUUUUAAUCUAAAUUAACUUAUGGUUCGAGUGAAUUACAGUGAAAUUGUGUUUAUGUGUAGAUCAAAGCAGUAAAUUUAUACCAAAACAAUGAAUAUAUCUGACAAUGAGGCUGAUGAUACGUCUAGCGUAGAUAGCACAUCGAAUACGGACAAUACUUCUCGUAGUGAGACACCGACAAACUCUAGAGCAAAAAAACGAAGACGUGGGAAAAAGAAAACUACCACCAAGCAAGUUAAACCUCCGUACAAAUUCAACUGUAGUGCUAAAGAGGACCAUGGCCAGCCCCUGUUUGGUUGCCAGUUUAACCACCACCUUGGUGAAGGGGAGCCACUAGUGUUUGCUGUAGUGGGCAGUAACCGGGUCUCCAUUUAUGAGUGUCCGGACACAGGUGGAUUCAAGUUCCUGCAGUGCUAUGCUGAUCCAGAUGUUGACGAAACAUUUUACACAUGUGCAUGGUCAUAUGAAGAGGAAACACACCUUCCCCUCUUAGCAGUUGCUGGAUCGCGUGGCAUAGUGCGAAUUUUCCACCCAGCCACACAGACUUGCAUCAAGCACUAUGUUGGCCAUGGACACGCCAUCAACGAGGUCAAAUUCCACCCCAGAGACCCCAACCUUCUCCUAUCUGCCAGCAAAGACCACGCUCUACGACUCUGGAACAUUAUGACUGAUGUCUGCAUUGCAAUAUUCGGUGGAGUUGAAGGCCAUAGAGAUGAAGUUCUAAGUGCAGACUUCGAUCUCAAGGGAGAAAGGAUCAUGUCUUGCGGCAUGGAUCACUCGCUGAAGCUAUGGCGGCUAGAUAAACCCUCUAUGAAUGAAGCUAUUAAACAAAGCUAUAAUUUCAACCCUCACAGAGCACUUAGACCGUUCAAUUCAUUGAAGGAGCACUUUCCUGAUUUCUCAACCAGAGAUAUUCACAGGAAUUAUGUGGACUGUGUAAGGUGGAUGGGUGAUCUCAUUUUAUCUAAGUCUUGCGAGAAUGCGAUAAUCUGUUGGAAACCAGGGCGGUUGGAGGACACAGAAUUGCGGCCCGGAGACAAUUCUGUGACCAUUGUGCACCGCUUUGACUACAAAGAGUGCGAGAUCUGGUUCAUUCGAUUCGCGGUCGAUUAUAGUCAAAGGGUGAUAGCGCUGGGCAACCAGUGCGGCAAGACGAUGGUGUGGGAGCUGGGCAGCGUGGCGGGCGGCUCGCGCGUGUCGCAGCUCGUACACCCGCGCUGCUCCGCCGCCGUCAGGCAGGUGACUCUGUCCCGGAACGGCAAGGUGCUGCUGACGUGUUGCGACGACGGCACCAUCUGGCGCUGGGACCGCGUGUCCGGGGCCAACUAGCGGCUAGCGUGGUUCGCUCUUUACCCUACUUCUCUUACAUUUAUUAUCAACGAGCUUGAAUAUUUUUUCUCAAUAAUUUAUAGAAAGCAGAACAAUGGUCAUUAACCUAAUAGAUGAAAUCUAGAGGUUUGAGUAUAAAAUAGUGUCUUAACUAAAUCCAAUUAAAAACUUUGUCGAAUUUAACUGUCGGUUACCACCAUAAAAUAUACUUCUGAAUCUUGUGGUUUACAUACACAUAGUGUAAUGGUUUCAAAUGUAUCUAAUCGACAAAAACCUUAAUAUCUGUUUAACACCUAUUUGGAGAAAACUUUUAUGUUAGCAGGUGAAUGUCUAUUUUGUACCAAUAUCCGUUUAAAUGUGAAACGGAAAAGGCUGAAUAUGCUUAGUUCAUAAUGGACUUAAUUAGAAUAAUUUUAUUUGUAUAAUUGACACUCUUUUUACACAAAAUAUAAGACUGGAUUAGUCCAAAUAUUACUUGUAGUUUGAAUUAUU